ACGAUCCAUAUCGACUUUCGACCUUCGGAUUUCGGAAUACGAUUUUCUUAUCUCUCUAGGCCUACCUAGACUCUUACGUUUCACAUCACAUUAAUACCCUCGAGAACCCGAAACUAGAUCUACAAGAUGGAUGACACUUCACCCCCCGAGAGCAUCGAUAACACCAAGGAGAAGAAGAAGAGCAGAAGACCAGCCAACACAGCAUUUCGUCAACAACGUCUAAAAGCAUGGCAACCAAUCCUCACGCCAAAGACAGUCAUUCCCCUCUUCUUCGUAAUAGGUGUCAUAUGUGCGCCUAUCGGUGGAUUGUUAAUUUAUGCUAGUUCUACAGUAAAAGAAUUGCGCAUAGAUUAUACGAAUUGCUUCCGCGAUGCACCUACCGAUUCCCCCGCGCUGAUGGACGAUAGUCUAGUAUUCCCGUCUUUCAAAGAUAACAAUACUAUCAAUGCCAGAUGGCAACGUCAAUUCCCAGUUAAUAACACAUACGGCACUGUUACUGUCCAGAACCUCACAAGGUGCACUCUCACCUUCGAUAUACCCGAAAUCAUGAACCCACCGGUUCUUCUAUACUACCGUCUCGAGAACUUCUACCAGAAUCAUCGUCGUUACGUUUCAUCCUUCUUUGACAGGCAGCUGGCGGGUGAGGAUGUUACUGUUUCGGAUGUUGUUGGUUCUUCCUGUGCGCCACUAGCCCAGCCCGACCACGUACCCGAUAAAGUCUACUACCCUUGUGGUCUAAUCGCAAACUCGAUCUUCAACGAUACUCUGGGCAACCCUGUGCUCCUUAACGUGCCAGGCAAGAGAGACGAUGGAAACCAGACAUACGAAAUGAAGAACACCUCCAUUUCAUGGGAGUCGGACAAGGCUUUGUACAAGCCGCGAGAGAACACAAACUUCGACAACAUUCUCCCACCUCCCAACUGGCAAAUCCGGUAUCCUAACGGUACCUUUACUACGGAUAUGCCCCCACCGAAUCUACACGAGGACGAGCACUUUAUCGUCUGGAUGCGAACAGCGGGUCUACCGACUUUCAGCAAGUUGUAUGGUCGAAACGAUACCAGCCCCAUGGUAAUCGGUACCUACACCAUGGACAUCCUCGACAACUUCCGCACAGACCAAUACCAGGGCAAGAAGAGCAUCGUCAUUACCACGCUCUCUGUCAUGGGCGGCAAGAACAACUUCCUCGGCAUCUUAUGGCUAGUCGUCGGUGGUUUCUGUAUUGCUCUUGCACUUGUCUUCCUUAUUACAAACCUGAUCAAGCCCCGUAAAUUGGGCGACCACACGUAUCUGUCUUGGAAUAACGCACCUUCGUCGGCGGCAGUUAAGGGCAAAGGUAAAGCGCCUUCUGGCCCGGCUAUCGGCAUGGCGACUGGUCGCGAUCUGUAGGGCUUGGAUCCGCGUGGUGCUAGGCCGGUGAGGAUGAUGGCGAGGCAGACCGGUGAUGGUGAUAGGAAUGUGGGGGCAGGAGCGAGAGAGCCGC